AUGCGAUUUGGAGAUGCGAGGCGAGAACUGCAGAGUCUCGAUGUAAGUCAAGCAGGCUAUCGCAGCGGACGGAGCUCGGCGCAGGUAGAGGAGACAUGCCCAGCUAUUCCAUGCGAUAGGGGGAUUUUGGCUUGUUUUGGGCCCCUAACGCGGUCGCGUCGGGGUCGACAUGUGCUGACUGAGUGGGGCUCUUCUGUCCUUGGAGCUGAGGACACCGGCGUCCUGGAGCCCGGGGCCCAUUUAGCCGGCCGAGGCUUCCCAGAGCGUCAGACACUUCUGCAUGGAGAGUGGAAAAGGUGGAUUAGACCAGGCUGCCGGACGAGCAGAGCUUCCAGGCGAAAAGGAGACCUUCCGUCUGCCGGGCCUGGCCCGACUGGUUGGUGUAUGAAUAUAUGA